CAGUGGAGGCUGUGGGUGAGCCCCUGCUCCACGUCUUUGAUUGUAGACUGAACACCGAGCCGAGGGGGUUUGACAUCAGUGUGGUGCACGUUAGUUCUCGUCCCUGCUGGUCGGGGUACGAGUAGGGAGCUGGUCUCACCUAACAGAUGUGUCUGGAACACUCCAGUCUAUUUAUUCUAUAAGUUACACACAGAUAAGCGUGAUGGAGGUCUUGGGAGGAUUCAGGGUCGACAGGGAGCGGGAGCUGAGGGCUGAGGGAUACGUGAAGGAGUUUACACGCCACUCCAACGAUGUGCUGCUGAACCUUAACGAACUCCGGCACCGCAACAUCCUGACCGACACCACCCUGGUCGUCGGCAACGUGCACCUACGGGCGCACUGUGCCGUGCUUGUGGCCUGCAGUGGGUUCUUCUACUCGCUGUACUCCCGCCGCGUGCUGCUUCAGGGGCGUGGUGGCAACGGCGAGCAGCUCAUGACUGUCUCUCUCCCCAACACCUUGGACCCAUCCAGCGUCUCCCUGCUGCUCGACUUCAUGUACACCUCCCGUCUCCCUCUGACGCCGAGCAUCGUCCCAGGGGUGCUCGCUGCUGCGGCCUACCUGCAGAUGGACCACGUGGCCGAUACCUGCCGGGAUUUCAUGCACCUGCACUGCAGGGACAAUAUGAGUGCAAGACACCCACAGUUGGAGCUGGACUCCGGUGUGUCUGUGGCCUCUGUAGCCCCCAAAGGAGGGGACCUGCCUUACCCAGGACCGAUGGCAGGGGCAACAAGGGUCCCUGCGGAGGGUGGGGGCUCUCUCAAGCAAGGGGCUUUCCCGUCCAGCCAGCCCAGGUCAAAGGAGCUAAAAGGAGAGCCUGAGUCGCCCCUCACCGGGCCCCCGACCCCAUCUCCAGACAGCCCUGCCCGCUCCAGCUGCCAACCGAACUCUCCAGCUGAGUCCAACACCUGUAACAAAAACCUUGUGAGUGAUACCAAAGCCAAACCAGACCCAAAGGCCUGCAACUGGAAGAAAUACAAGUACAUUGUCCUCAACCCUCUGUGUGCUGCGACCACAGUGAAGGAAGAGGAGAUGGAGGAACCCCAAAGUCAAGCAUCACCCAUCACGGACAGGAUGGGCUUGACACCCAAAGCCCCAGCAGAGGCGUGGUCUGGAGAAGUGCCUGGUCAGAUUGAUAGACAGGGGCAGGCCUCCUGCUACGAGGGUUCUGGCCGAGCCCCUCCCCUCGGGCCAUCCCCCUCUGUGGAUCCCCUAAUAGUGCCCCCCACUCACAAGGAGGGAACAGUUUCACCCUGCGCCAUUUUCCCCAAACUGGACCCCACUGAUCCAGAAGCUGCCCAUCACAACCAACAUGCGAUCAAACGCGAGAACUACUACGUGCCCUACUGUUACCCUGGCAACCUUCAAGGAACCAAGACCACCUGCUCAGGUGACAAGCCGUAUCGCUGCAAUGUGUGCGGCGCCCAGUUCAACAGACCAGCCAACCUGAAGACUCACUCCCGCAUCCACUCGGGGGAGAAACCGUACCGCUGUGACACCUGCGGCGCACGAUUUGUUCAGGUUGCCCACCUCAGGGCCCAUGUCCUGAUCCACACAGGUGAGAAGCCUUACCCCUGCCACACCUGUGGCACCCGCUUCCGUCACCUGCAGACCCUGAAGAGCCAUCUGCGCAUCCACACCGGAGAGAAGCCUUACACUUGUGAGAAGUGCGACCUGCACUUCCGCCACAAGAGCCAGCUGCGUCUUCACCUGCGCCAGAAACACGGGGCCGUCACCAACACCAAGAUCCGCUACAAGGUCCUGACGGAGCCCUAUCAGCCUAUACUGCAGGCCUGCUGAAGACUCGUCAGUCAUGACAAGCAGAAUAACAUCUGCAUAACAUCUGCAUCUGUUAGGAAAAUGUGAAAUUUUGUGAAUUGACAUCUGCUUUUUGAAUACGAGGUCGUAAUUUAUACAUUCUAACGCACUGAUUAGAUGAGACCAAAAUGGAUUACACUCACAAAUAAUGUUUAUUAUCAGCAUGUUGUUGGAUGAGGUUUGGAAUUUGGAGUUUGGAGCAAACAUAACAUACUUAAGCAUUAUUAGUAUGAAUGUUAUAGGUUAAUCAGGAAUCCUGGGAGGGGGGAGUUUGAGAUGGAGAUGAUGUUAAUAAAAGUGUUUUUGAAGGUUUGUGAAGGGACUGAAAGAAGGGAGCGAGACAUGGAAAGAAAGGAUUUGUACUUGAGGUUGUGUGCACACUGAAUUUUGAAGAAUUGAGAGGAUGUGAACUGUUUGAAAGAAAGAUAAAGCAAGUUUUAUGAAGGGGGAGGUGGUGAAUUUUGUAGUUUCGUAGUGGGGUUUGAAGCUUGGAGAAGCACUUAAAUCAGUGUUAAGAUACUGAAGUUUUCUUCCUAAACAUGUAUUUAACUCAGAUUUAUCUUAAUCUUGAGGCCUGGGGCCUGUGUGUUCUGCAGCGAUAUCUGCACUGUUGGUCCAAGCAGGCAAAGGACUUAGUCUUGUAGUGAAGAUAAAAUAUAAAAAUUAAAAGAUAUGGGGGUUUUUUUGUGACAUGAGAAAAGAAAAAAGAUGACUGUAAGCAAUUGGAUAAUUAAUAAUGUUAAAUUUGUAUGUGUAUGAGUUCAUUUGCUGGACAAAGAUGG